CUCCUAAAGCAGUGAGUGUGGGUUCACAACGUUCACGAUGUCUGCACUGAGCAAAAAGAAAACUCAAACCUUGGCUGAAACUCUGUCUAAAGAAGUAAAACACUUUAAUAAAAAAGAAAUCGAGUGUCUGAUCCAGCUGUAUAACACAUUGUUGGGAGAGAAUGCUGACAAGAGAUCGGCUCUGGGACUGGACCGAGCCAAGUUUCGCACCAACCUGCACAACACAUUCGGACUAACGGAUGACUUGAUGUUGGAUAGAAUAUUUCAUGCCUUCAACAAGGACAAUGAUGGCUACAUCAGUAUUAAACAGUGGGUAGAAGGACUGGCGGUCUUCCUCCGAGGAACCCUGGAUGAAAAGAUAAAAUAUUGUUUCGUCGUAUUUGAUCUAAAUGGGGAUGGUUACAUAUCCCGGGAGGAAAUGUUCCACAUGCUGAAGGACAGCCUAAUCAACCUGCCACCUGAGGAGGACCCUGUAGAAGGAGUUAAGGACCUUGUGGAAAUUGCCCUAAAGAAAAUGGAUUAUGACCACGACAGCAGACUGUCAUAUUCAGACUUUGAAAAAGCUGUAAGGGAUGAAAACCUGUUAUUAGAGGCUUUUGGACCUUGUCUUCCUGCAGCAAAGAGCAUACUGGAAUUUGAGCAACGUACAUUUCAGGACUCAAUGGAGCGCUGAUUCACUCAAAUCCUAUGCCUAUUGUCCUGCAAUAAACUUGAUUAAAUUCUU